AUGAAGCGCUUCAGCCGUGCUCUCUCGAGGGGCAAGGGUGACAGCAAGUCCUCUAAGAAGAAUAAGGACUCGAAGGAUGGCACUGCUUCCCCAUCCUCUAGCGGCUCGAGGGAGACACAAUCGCCUGUCCUGACUCCGUCUUCGUCCACGUCGACUUUGAAUGACAUCAGAAACAAGCCUCUGCCCCCUGGAAAUGCCGGGAUCCACGGCCCCGACCACGGCGGUCCUGCUCUGCAAGGCCAGCCGAGUCAGCUUCCUAGUCAGGUUCUUCCCGACCGGUUCAAUAUCGGUACCCAGCCGUCGCCUAAUGGUGCUGGCGCGUCUUCUCGUCACGGCGGUACCCUCCCGCCGACGGUAGUCAUCAGCCCAAGCGCUCCACACAUCCCACCCCCUGGCGCUGCCGAGACGAUGCCGCACGAUCUUGCCCCGCCUAAAGCCGGUCAGAAGUCCCUCAUGUUCGACCGCCUCCACCAGACACCAAAAGACGUCCCCGAGGGCCUAAGGACGCCCAAGAGACAGCAUUCGUCUCGAUUCGAUAUCUCUGCCCACCGAGAGCUCGAGAAGCUGCCCGGCUUCCACGAAGUUCCGCCCAACAGGCGACAGGAGUUGUUCAUGCAGAAGAUUGACCAGUGCAAUGUCAUAUUCGACUUCAACGAUGCCAGCGCCGACAUGAAGUCCAAGGAGAUCAAGCGUCUGGCUCUGCACGAGUUGCUUGAUUAUGUGGCCAAUAAUAGACAAGUAAUCACCGAACCUAUGUACCCUCGAGUUGUCGAGAUGUUUGCCAAGAACCUCUUCCGCCCGAUCCCCCCGCCGAUGAAUCCGCAGGGAGAUGCGUUCGAUCCCGAAGAGGAUGAACCCGUCCUCGAGGUGGCUUGGCCGCACAUCCAGGUCGUCUACGAGUUCUUCCUGCGGUUUAUCGAGAGCCAGGACUUCAACACCAACAUUGCUAAGUCUUAUAUCGACCACAGCUUCGUGCUUCAACUCCUGGAGCUGUUCGACUCGGAAGAUCCACGCGAGAGGGACUUUCUCAAGACGACCCUACAUCGAAUCUACGGGAAGUUCCUCAACCUCCGGUCCUUCAUCCGGCGUUCGAUCAAUAACGUGUUCUUCCAAUUCACCUACGAAACGGAGAGAUUCAACGGAGUAGCCGAACUUCUGGAAAUUCUAGGGUCUAUCAUUAACGGAUUCGCACUGCCUCUCAAGGAGGAGCACAAGCUAUUUCUCACGCGAGUUCUACUCCCUCUUCACAAGGUCAAGAGUCUGAGUAUGUACCACCCACAGCUCGCCUACUGUAUCGUUCAAUUCCUAGAAAAAGACGCAUCCCUCACCGAAGAGGUUGUGCUCGGCCUACUCCGAUACUGGCCCAAGGUUAAUAGCACCAAGGAAGUCAUGUAUCUGAAUGAAGUCGAGGACAUUUUCGAGGUGAUGGAUCCCGCAGAGUUCGCCAAGGUUCAGGAGCCCCUGUUCCACCAACUCGCCAAAUCGGUAGCCAGCCCGCAUUUCCAGGUUGCGGAGCGGGCAUUGUACUUCUGGAAUAACGAAUACUUUUGCAACCUCGUGAGCGAUAACGUCGAGAUUAUCCUCCCCAUCAUGUUUGCACCGCUCUACGAAAAUUCUAAGGGACAUUGGAACCGUACUAUCCACGGAAUGGUGUACAACGCGAUGAAGCUCUUUAUGGAGAUCAACCCACAGCUCUUCGACGAUUGCUCCCACGAGUACACAGAGCAGCAAAACAAUGCGGCUGCGAGGGAGGCUCUCCGAGAGAGGAAGUGGGCCGCGAUCACAGAACAAGCUAACAAGAGGAGGCCGUCAAAUGGCGUUCCCGGGAACGGCAGCACAACGGCGAAGCUAAAUAUAUUACCACGAGUUGAGGAGGCGGAUUCGGUGACGGAGGACAACCAAAAGAGGUUGGAUUCGCUUAAGUUGCAGGAUGCCGACCGAAGCAAUCGCCGGGCAAAUGCUCAUGAGCGGCAAAGUUCGGUAGGCUCCGCUAGGAGCCAGCGGUGA